AUGCUUAGUAGCACCAUGAAAGAGAGCAUGUCGACAUCGAUUCAACUGCCGGGUAAAUGCAAAGCUGAGCUGGAGACCUUCUACAAAUCCUUGCAGCUUUGUAGCAUGGAGCCUCUCACCUUGAAGAGCGCCACAUUCCUAGUCCAAUGGUCAGAUGAGUAUCAGGUAGACGCCUUGAAGGCGAAAUGCGAGCAGUUUUUGAUGUCUAAUGCUCCGAAGGAUGGUCCUGGGUUGCAGUUUGCGGUGAAGUAUGGUCUCCAGAAGCGGACCAAGCAGUGUCUGGACGCAUUCAAAUCCAGAAUUCCAGAGCACAUCAGUGACAUGCACGUCCUGACAAGCCAGGAAUGUCAAGAGCAUCUGAUAGACAUUUGGCCGUUGAUAGUAAGGCACGCUGGCUUGCCGCAAAUGAGCAUGCCCCCUGCGGAGCACAUGAGAAGUAUGUGGCCGUUUGUGUCCAAUCUGUGCAUUGCAGCCCCCAGGCCACCAAACUUCAAAGGCUGCAGGGGGCUCUCGCAAAUGUUCCCCGCCAGUUGA